GAUGCCAUCCACGAAUACGCUAGGAAAUGUAAAAAGCGGAAAGACUGUUUUCUUUCUCUGCGAUAUGCAAGAAAGAUUUCGAACAGCUAUAAAACAUUUUAACGAUAUAUUAGAAGUAUCCAGACGUUUGGUUUCGGCAGCAAAAAUUCUUAAAAUACCACUUGUCGUCACGGAACAAUAUCCAAAGGGAUUAGGAAAUACAGUAUCAGAACUACAAGAAGCUACGGAGGCUGCUGUUGGUGUCUUUCAGAAGACUAAGUUUAGUAUGAUGAUACCAGAGGUAGAGCAUAGACUACCUGAUUUGUGCGAUGGAGCUCUAAAGCACAUAGUCGUGUUCGGAGUUGAAACUCAUGUUUGUGUACAGCAGACUGUCAUAGACCUAUUGCAGAAAAACUAUGAAGUCUAUGUCGUUGCGGAUGCCACGUCAAGUCGGAGUUCAGUCGAUAGAAAAUUUGCUUUAGAGAGAAUUCGGCAAGCAGGAGCGAUCGUGACAACUGCCGAAUCCCUACUACUGCAAUUGGUUGGCAAUAAGGAUCAUCAAUUUUUCAAGGAAAUACACCAAAUAAUACGAUCGUGCCCACCACAAUCUGGUUUAUAA